AGGAGUGUUAUAUUUGUAUAACUAAGCGGUAAUAAAAAUACUUCCUUUUUGUUCAUUGUGCAGUAGACCUAGACCUGUAGACACGAGGCGAGCUUGGCAAGGGCCAUCAGCCGAGAUUCCAUGGCGCCCUCUUGUGGUCUCGCACGGCGGCCGAUGGCCGCCGCCGUUCUUUUUGUCGGUAUGUUUCCGGCCUGCUUCCGCGCGGAAGAGGAAGCUCCUGCGAGAAAUGACGCGACGCUUGGCAGUUUGCUGGAUGAUGAAAUAAAGUUCGUCUUCGUUGGCGGUAAAGGAGGAGUGGGAAAAACAACUACCAGCUCCGCACUAGCAGCACAGCUCUCAAAGGACAAGAAGGUUUUUGUUUAUGUGAUUUCACAACUCUUUUGAUUCCCGCGACCUCGGUAAGCCCAUGCAUGCAAACCUUUCAUUUCUCACUCUUGCCCGCAUCGUGCGAUUGUUGUGCGAACAUUUAUUUCGGCGCGUUCUGUAAAUCAAAAUGCGUUUGCGCCUGGAAAGAUCAUUUUUUUUGCCUAACAAAAGUGCAUUUUUUCUGUACAGAUUCUCCUGGUGUCCACCGACCCCGCACAUUCUACCGGGGAUGCAUGGCAGCAGAAAUUCGGGGGCGAGCCAACGGGAGUGAAGGGGAUGCCAAACCUGGAUGUACUGGAGCUGGACCCAAAAACCGCGUUGAGUAUAAACUGUAAAAAUGUCUGGGUCUGGAAGAUUGGAACUUGUGACGCUAACUUUGAAUGCUAAAAAAAUCUGUAUUGCAUGACCAGCAAGAGGAGCCCAGUUUGUGCUACGCGAGGAGGGCAUUUGUCAUGCGGGAUAGGCAUCAGGAAGGCCUCGAAAAAUAUGUGAUGCUAGAGCAUGCAUGACAGACAUCCUGAGUCAUGCAAAAUAUGCAUGACAAACCUGGAAGGCUUCCAGACCCAGACAUUUUUGCAUUUGAUAUUGAGUAAGGAGCUUACAAAGUGGGACGAAUUGUUGGAGGAGGGCGGGGCCAUUGGUAUCAAAAUGAAAAAUCCCCCUCCCCAUACUAAAAAGGGAUACUCCUGAAAAUUUGCGUUGCUGAUUUGUGACCACAAAUCGUCUCUGUAUUGCACGAAGGCAACUCCAGAGACUCCGCUGCGUUGCGCAGGCAAUUUGUAAUGCUGUAUCGCCUACAGAGGAUGUGCCUGCCUUGCUCGGUGCCUACACCAAAACGCCCCUCCUCAGGCUGUGCACCUGCCUGCAGUCCUCUACCGCAACACAAAGCCGAUUCGCGUACACAAAUCCCGCAUCAGAGAUUUCCAUUUUGAUAUGGGGUGGGGGGAUUUUGCAUUUUGAUAAUUGGCGAAAUGGUCAAGAAAGCCAAGGACUCCAUGCACAGCCUGCAGGGUAUUGACGAGGCUAUCGCGCUCGCCGACGCACAUACCUACGUCAAGUCUGGACGGUAAGAGUAGAUUAAUUUCGAGGUCGCGCAACCGGCGCGUGGAUUUACUUAUCGUUGUCUCCAUUUUUCAACAUGAUUACAAGGAAAGAACAGAUCUUUUUGUGUUCCGGUGACAGCUUGUAGCUGCAACGGCUCAACAACGACCGUCGUGCCGCGGGCGUUCGAGGAGGACGACCGGCGGACCGGGUUUACUUGGUGUGUCCACGACUUCUGUACUAUUGGACACAACAUACAUUUCAUCUUCAUCAGGUAUGACAAGGUAAUAUUCGACACCGCGCCCACGGGGCACACGCUGCGUCUGUUGGACUUGCCGAGCGGCAUCGCGGAGUCGCUUGGCGCCCUCAAGGGGCUGCAGAGCAAGGCCCUGAACGCGGUGGACGGGAUUGCGAGCGCCUUCGGGGCCACGGGCCUGACCGGCAUGAGCCCGUCGUUCAAGAAGAAGCUGGAAAUUAAGCUGCAGCGGUACCACGAGAAGGUAGACCUGGUGGCGAAGAUGCUCUCCGACCCAGAGAAGACGCGGUUCGUGGUGGUCUGCGUGGCGGAGCAUCUGUCCGUCUCGGAGACGCGGCGGUUGCUGGCCGAGCUGCACGAGAGGAAGGUCAAGGCCACGCACGUGAUCGUAAACCAGCUGGUGAGCGAGCAGAAUGUGCUGGAAGAGGGGUCGGAGUUGUUGCAGGUGACAAAAGCCUUGAAAACAAGCACCGAUCUCCCGCAGGCCGUGGUGGAAAAAGCGGUCAACUCGCUGGAAGUCUACUCCUCGAAAUUCUCCCUGCAACAGAAGUACCUCGCGGAACUGAAAUACAGCCCCGAAAGGGAGCAAAACAAAGUCCAACUUGUUGAGGUGAGUGCUGUCAUGAAGUUGUUGAUAGAUCAGCCUGUUCUUUGCUCGUAGUUUGUUUUUUCCACGGCAGCAAACACUUUUUACCUCCGAGAAUUAUACGUAAGUCCUUCUAGUUCAUCUUCAUUGCUUCUCCACCAGGUCCCGCUGCUGUCCUCAGAAGUGAUGGGUGUGGAAGCACUGAAAAAGUUCUCGCAGCUGUUGCUGCAGAACCCCGCGGAGAUGAAAGAAAUCACGCGAACUUGGAACAAAGCCCUCGAAGAGGAGCCGCCAAUCGUGGUGGAAGAAGAUACUACCGAAGAACCAGAACCGGAACUCACACCAGAAAAGAUCAAGGAGGUGUAGCACUUUUUAGGAAAACAAUAAUAAAAGGAAUGCGCAAUAUAAUAAACAUGGGUCGUUUUUGGUGUUGCUCUAAGCUGAGAACCAAAAAGACAAUUUUCGCACUAUUCAAACAAUCAUUAUCGACACACGAAAUUCAAACUUCACUCAGAUUCUGAUCAAGAACAAGGACAUGCAGAAGGUGAUUAUGGAGAAUCCCGCCCUGAUGAAGAAGGUGGUUGCGUGCAACCCCACGGACAAGAAGUGCUACCUGAAGCUCGUCAAGGACCCGGAAAUCAUUCAGGCCGUCGCGAAGUUCAUGAGUGGCGAAAAGAAGCGAAAGGCGGCCGAGGGUGACGCCGCUUCUACUUCCACGACGGCAAAGUCGAAGGACACGAAGAGCAGCGCGAAGGCCGGCGACAAAAAAAAGGGCAAGGCGGGGAAAAAGAAGAAGAAAAGCGGCGGGGGUGGCGGCGGCUUCGAUGACCUCCUGGGAGGUUUGAUGGAGAGCUUGGGCGGCGAGGGCGGUAUCGGCGACCUGAUUGAGGGUAUAGGUGGCGAAGAGGGCGUCAAGAAGAUGUAUGGCCCGCUCAGGAGGUGAUAGUACAAUCUCAACCUGGUUUACAAAGAAAAGCGCUGAUUUGAUGUGAUGCAAGAAGAUCGCGAUCAUGAUCCGGGUCUGGCCUCCUCUCGCAGGCAUGCGCAUGCCAAGGUCACGAACCCCCAACCCCGCCGGAAUCCGGCGAAACUUGUAUUGGGAAAGGCGCAUGGCUCUGUUUGUUACCCAUGCUGCUCAUCAUGAUGAUACUCCCAGGCAUAAUUGGUCGUAAAGUGGACGACUACUACUUUCUUAUGGCUUGAGGUGUAAAAAAGCUACCAUAUUACGACAAAGAAAUCCAGCAGACUCUGUUGUACCACUUGUGAUUGUACAAGUAUCUGAGCAAGCCAUAAGACGAUUGACGGCAUCGGUGGGGUGGACGGGAUUAACAAGAUGAUGGAGUCUAUGGGCGGUAUGGACGGGCUUGGGGACAUGAUGAAGGGCUUCGGGGGCAUAUCACUUGUAAAAACGUCCCCACCCUAUAGCUGUAAUGCAAUUCUGCAUGCUGAAGAUGUUUCUCAUGCGAAGCCCCAUGAGAAGCACUUUCUAUUCGUAUUUCGGAAUUUGUUAUGCUCCAAUCAGCAUGAUGUGCUGGAGUUGUGAUGCUGAUGAACUAGCUAAACAGAAUUACACUACGAAGCCAAACUUCUCAUGCGCAACAGCCAAGCCUUGUGGAUUUGUCUAGCAGAUUUCCCAUCUUGAUUCUGGUGUGGGGACGUUUUUACUCCGGAUAGGGCAACUUGAUGGGCGCCGCGGACAAAGUGAAGAAGACUGCUGCCAAGAAGAAGAAAGGCAAAGCCGCCCAGAUUGACGACAACUUUGCGAAGGAAGCGGACGACUCGACCAACUUCGGGCAUGACGAGCUGUGAUCAACCAGGUUGGUUGAGGAACUGUUUGUUUUUCGAUCCAAGUACAAAGAACUACGUAGCGUGACUUUUUCAAUAAACCACCAGAUUUUGAUGAUCCAUUUUUAUCCUCAUUACGCGACGGACCGAGCGGGGAGUGCAACACGACGAACACGUACGGUGAAUAUUAAUUUACCUGCUCCACCCGGACGCUGCGCUCGUUUUUUCUCGACCCGAACUAUCCUUUGAUUUUGCAAGGACCAAAGAUGUUCUGCGCCUUACCCCGAAAGAACCCAAUCAAUCCUGCUGUGAGCUAGUACUGAAGUAGCACUUUUCUUUUUCAUCGAGUGAAGUACUUGUGAUCGUGAAGUAGUGCACGCACCAUCUGUGCCUGUGCCGAUUGUAUUAAUCAACUUCGAAGAAACGGUAAGAAUGAUUGCCUAGUAGUAGAACGUGAACAAUCUGCCUUCAUCCAGCGUGGGCAUGGAGUCAUCGACGUUGCAGAGAGUCCGGUGCAAAUCAGGGUGUUCCCUGGUUGACCUUGACCACGUGCGUGUUCUCGACAGCUUUUACAAGGAAGCUGCUCAUCUGAAGAAAGGGGCUGCCUUUCGCUCCACACAGCCAUGCGCUGGCAUUUUUGCUGUG